CCGCGCCGCCUCCACCGCCCGAGGUGCGCGCGCUCCGCCGCAGGGUGCAGACCCCUGGCGCCCGCCUGGGUCUGGGGCGCAAGAGCAGAGGCGGAGCCAGGGCGGAGCCAGAGCGCCCCGUCCACCCCCCCCCCCACCCCCCGCAAUCGAAAGCGAAAGAGGGGGCCGGGAAGGAAGGGCGGGGCCGCCCGGAGGCCCCGCCCCCUGCCCUGCGCGGCUGCUGGACCGACGGGCGCGCCCGGGUAGGGGGCUCUGAACGCGCAGUGCAGACCCUCGCGGGAACCUGCGCCGCCGCCACCAUGUCUCAAGAAGGUGUGGAGCUGGAGAAAAGCGUCCGGCGCCUCCAGGAGAAGUUUCAUGGGAAGGUAUCCUCCAAGAAGGCGGGGACUCUGAUGAGGAAAUUUGGCAGCGACCACACCGGCGUGGGGCGAUCCAUCGUGUACGGGGUAAAGCAGAGAGAUGGACAGGAACUGAGUAAUGAUCUGGAUGCCCAGGACCCACCAGAGGAUAUGAAGCAGGACCAGGACAUCCAGGCCGUGGCGACCUCCCUGCUGCCACUAACAGAAGCCAACCUCCGCAUGUUCCAGCGUGCGCAGGAAGACCUCAUUCCGGCCGUGGAUCGGCAGUUUGCCUGCUCUUCCUGUGACCAUGUCUGGUGGCGGCGCGUACCCCAGCGGAAGGAGGUGUCCCGGUGCAGAAAAUGCCGAAAGCGCUAUGAGCCGGUGCCUUGUGACAAGAUGUGGGGCGUGGCUGAGUUCCACUGCCCGAAGUGUCGGCACAACUUCCGGGGCUGGGCACAGAUGGGGUCCUCGUCCCCCUGCUACGGGUGCGGCUUCCCCGUGUAUCCAACACGGAUCCUCCCUCCACGCUGGGACCGGGACACGGACCGCCGCAGCACCCAUACCCACUCCUGCUCGGCCGCCGACUGCUACAACCGGCGAGAGCCCCACGUGCCUGGGACAUCCUGCGCUCACCCCAAGAGCCGGAAGCAGAACCACCUGCCUAAAGUCUUGCACCCCAGCAACCCCCACAUCAGUAGUGGCUCCACUGUGGCCACCUGCCUGAGCCAGGGGGGCCUCCUGGAAGACCUGGACAACCUCAUCCUGGAGGACCUGAAGGUGGAGGAGGAGGAGGAAGAGGAGGAGGAGGGCGAGGGUGGGCAUGGGGAGUGACCCCGGACAGGUGCAGAUGCAAACCGGACACAGUCUGUGGAUAUUU